AUGGCCAGUAAUGGAACCAGUAAGACUGAUGGAAAGCCUAGUAGCUACAAGUUCAGACGGAACCUGGAGUUUGAGGCACAAGGUACACCCAACUUUCUCAAAAUACUACAGAAUGGUGGAGUAGCUCAAAAGACAGAUUAUGGCACAGGAACAUCGGCAGAGGUUGCACAGCGAGCCAUGGAAGCAGAAGAAAAACAAUGGCUGAAAGAGGAAGCCGAGUCAAGUACCGAUUCCAAAAAAGCAGCCCAUAUAUUGGGUAAGCGUAACGAAGAUGAACAACCACAGAUAGUUGUUGGAAAAGGAGUUACAGCACUUGAAGUAGACCAAUUUUUUGGUGCUGAUCAGUCGAGAGUGAUGCAAAAUACAACGGAUGACAUGCAUGAGGAUGAAGGCAAAGUCAGAUACCGAAAGCCCAAACGAAGUCAAUUGGUAAAUGGCUCGACACAUCCCAAUAGCACAUUAGCAGUACUCGGAAAUAAACAGAAGAAGCAGACACUGAAGGGAUUGGUGAGCAGUAAAGAUCGAGUGUCCAAAUCCAAGAGUCAAUCUAAAUCGCUAUUGUCGUUUGAUGAUACUGAAUAA